AGGACUCCUACUCUCGGCCCUCCCCGCCCCGCCCCGCCCCGUCGGCUGCCGGUGACCUGCCUGGGCGCCGGGAACGGGAAACCGGAAGGGGCCACUGGAGUUCGCCAUGGGGCUGUUUGGAAAAACACAAGAGAAGCCCCCCAAAGAGCUGGUUAAUGAAUGGUCCUUGAAGAUACGAAAGGAAAUGAGAGUUAUCGACCGGCAAGUAAGAGACAUUCAAAGAGAAGAAGAAAAAGUGAAGCGGUCUGUGAAAGAUGCUGCCAAGAAGGGCCAGAAGGAUGUCUGUGUGGUUCUGGCCAAGGAGAUGAUAAGGUCUAGGAAGGCUGUGAACAAGCUGUAUGCAUCCAGAGCGCACAUGAAUUCUGUGCUCAUGGGCAUGAAGAACCAGCUGGCGGUCCUGCGAGUGGCUGGCUCCUUGCAGAAGAGCACAGAAGUGAUGAAGGCUAUGCAAAGUCUUGUGAAGAUCCCUGAGAUACAGGCCACCAUGAGGGAGCUGUCCAAAGAGAUGAUGAAGGCUGGCAUCAUAGAAGAGAUGUUAGAGGACACCUUCGAAAGCAUGGAUGAUCAGGAAGAAAUGGAAGAAGAAGCAGAAAUGGAAAUUGACAAAAUUUUGUUCGAAAUCACUGCAGGGGCCUUGGGCAAAGCGCCCAGUAAAGUGAUAGAUGCUCUUCCUGAGCCUGAACCUGCAGGAGCAACAGCUGCCUCAGAGGAGGAAGAGGAGGAAGAGGCCCUGGAGGCCAUGCAGUCCCGGCUGGCCACACUGCGAAGCUAAGGCUGCCCAGCGGAACCUUCAGGCUCUCCCUGCAGUCCUCUGCCAGUGCACAUGUGCCUCUGAAGAGCUGCCACUUCACGUUUCUCUUGCACUACACCUCUGUCACGAGGCACUGUGUUUUCAGGAAGGUUCUAUGCUAAUAUCUCUUCACUCUCUGCAGAGUUUUUGGGAUUUCAUAGGGAUUGUUCUUCUGGAAGUGAUGUGAUUAAAUGCGUCAUUUCCAGGAACAUAAACAGCAGUACUGUUUUACUGGGGGAAGGGCAAAGAAAUCCAUUUUCUCAUGAAGCUAUUCUCAGCGUUGAUUGCCUGAACAUUGAGGACUCUGUACAUUUUUUUUUGUUGUGUGUGUAAAACACUAUAUAAAAGGACUUUAAUAAAUUUCUGCUUUAACUCUUGG